AUGACCGGGAAAGUGAAUCUGACGCCACAGCUGAGAAAAUUGCUGCAACGACCGCCGCAGUUGACGCCGGAGGAUGUGGUAGCGGCUCUGGAUGUGAUGAUAGCGGGCGAUGCUGAUGAUAUCCAGGUGGCAGCGUUUUUGACGGCUUUGAGAAUCACUGGGUUAGACCAUUCGGCCGAUUUUAUUGCUUCGACAGCAACGAGGAUUUUCGAGGAGUCGCACAAACUGGAUACUUCGACUUUGAACCCCGAGGGAUAUGUGGAUAUUGUAGGAACCGGUGGUGAUGGUAAGAACACAUUCAAUGUUUCGACAACAGCAGCCAUUGUAGCAUCAGGAAUCGGUCUGAAUAUCUGUAAACACGGCGGAAAAGCGUCGACAUCAACGUCAGGUUCGGGUGAUUUAUUGCGGUUCCUGGGUGUCAAAAUGGAGAAUGUGAACCAUUUGACGGCACCAGGUAUCCUCAAUCAAUCCAAAUACUGUUUUCUAUUCGCACCAGUAUUUCAUCCAAUGAUGGCAUCACUGGCUCCAUUGCGAAAAACACUGGGAAUUCCUACUAUUUUCAACAUCAUGGGUCCAUUGAUCAACCCAGCUCCUCUGAAAGCCCGUAUCAUUGGCGUCUACUCCGAGCCUCUAGGUCGAGUAUUUGCCGAAGCAGUUCUACAAAUGAACAUAGCAGCCGGCCGACCGAAUUCUCCUGCUUUAAUUGUCUGGGGAACCGAAGGGCUGGACGAGAUUUCUAUUGACGUUCGCACCAAGGUCUGGGAACUCAAGAACCAGAAAAUCUCCGAAUACUACGUCGAACCGGCCGAUUUCGGCAUCCAACGCCAUACUCUCUGCGAAGUGGCUUCAGGAACCCCACAACAGAACUCCGAGGUCGUUCGCAAACUACUGGCCAACGAACUGCCCGAAAACGACCCUGUCCUCGACUACGUUCUCAUCAACACCGCGGCCCUCGCCGUCGUCGAAGGCACAGCCCGCGACUGGAAACAUGGAGUCGAACUCGCCCGGGAAAGUAUCCGUUCAGGAGCCGCCAAAAACGCUCUCGCCAAGUUCGUAGCCCUCUCCGAGGCCGCUGCUACCCACUAA